AUGAUGAUGAUCAUCAUAAACAUAAAUACUCUUGUCCUUUUGAGUCAACGGCAAGCCAUUUCUAGAACGGGGAGCAAAAACGGCGAGAAAUUCCGGAGGGCCUCCAAGAAGCUUCAAGGAAGACUCCACCGACAACAGUUGGAAACUAGAAAGAAAUUUCAUAAUAUCCUUGGAAAUACCUACAUGCAAAGGAAGACACCAGUUACCUUCAAUAAUGGCACUUUUUGUCGUAUGAAGCGGCUGUCAAAACUCCAGUUGAAAUUCACACACAGGGCGCCUUCUACAUCAGAAACUCAUCUUAGGGCAGAUGCCUUGUUAAGUGUCUUAGAUGCACAAAUCUAA